UCAAUGUAUUGUUAUUUUAUUUUGUGUAUGGAAAUUCGAAAUCCAGUUUAAGUUCAAAGUACAUAAUUCAAUUUAACUUUUUUGUAUUAGUUGAAUUGGGAUGUUUUGGAGGUACCAUGCAGAGUCUUCGGUCCCUUUUACGAGGUCAUUCACAACUAAGAUUUAAAGCUACCUACAUACAAGGGCAAGAACCAGAACCCAGAGUUAGGGAAUAUUUCUAUUUUAUAGACCAUCAAGGAAUGCUUUUCCUGGACGACUCUCGCAUGAAAAACUUCACCUCCUGCUUCAAAGAACCAAAAUUUCUUCAAUUUUUCUUCCAACGUCUACGCGUUAACAACACACAACGGUACAAGGGCGACUUUCCCUAUUUGUCCCUUUGUGGCAGAGAACGUAACUUCAUUAGAUGUGAUGACACCCCCAUAGUAGGUACACAUCUUUUAUCUUUGGCCGACGGAUGGUAUCUUGCGCACAACCACGCAGGCGCGGCCCUUAAGCUAUCAUUUCAACCGGAAAUGGUUUACAUGCAACCGGAAACUGGUAGAGUGUACCAUCCGGCACCAGAAAGAGCGGGCGGAGUUGCAUUAAUAAGAUCUAAGUUAGCGAUAGAGCUCAGCGAUCAGUUUAAGUUUGAGGAUGGUGAAGGCAAGCCGCCGACCCAUUUAACGUUUCAAGGUGUAAGUUAUGAGUUGAAUAGAGAUUGGUAUACCAAAGCAAGGAACUGUGUUUUAUAAUUGUUAGUUUAUUGUAAGGAUCUAAUUAUAGUUUUAAUAAAAGUUGUAAAUACUUGUAUAGUAAUUA